CAUCAGGAUCGAACUUGACCAAAACUAUCUCAACAACACCACCAAAAAACCACAAAGCGUUUGAAUCAACAAUGGCGACGAUAUCAGCACAACUAGUUGUGGCCCUUCUAGUAGUAGCACUCGUCUUCGCCGUAGACGCAGCAGACCCGCCGUCGUCUGGGCCCGUCUCAUCCUACAUAUGGCGGUUUCCGACCAAGCCCGAUCACUCGUGGCAUCCGAUCAAUGGGUCGAUGUUGAGAGACCAGAAGGUCCAGGACAUUGCAAGUUUCGCGGUGGCGACGUACAACGGCGAUAACUGGCUCUCGGGAGCACCGCUGAAGCUGUUGAGCGUAGACGAAGGCGAGGUUCUGGCUGUCGGAGGCACCGUGUACCAUCUUUACCUAACGGUCUCCAACGGAGUGCACAUGGCAAAAAGGUACCACACGUUUGUGCUUAUGUACCCGGGGACGAGGUGGGAGUCACUGUUGUUUGUACUCUUGAGCGAGUGAUGUUGAGAAUUAGGUUAGCUAGCUAGUGGUUAUUUUACCCCAUGGUUUCAAAUAAAUUCAGUGUAGAUUUUUGUCGAGGCUCCUUGACAUGGUUUUAAUGUAAAGGAGCAGAAUAAAUAAAGGUAUCGUUCGUUUGUUUGGAAAGUGUAUUAUGACGAAAAUUAUUUUUAGUGACUAUUCGGCGUGG